GCAGGUGCUGCUCUGUCGUAGCCGCCGUCGGGGCAGGAGGAGUCCGCGCUGCCGCCCGCACCAUGGACAAGGCGCCGCCGCCAGCGCUGCUGCUGCUGCUGCUGCUGCUGGGGGCAGGGGGUCCAGCAUGGGGUGCAAAGGAAAAAUGUUCCACUGAGUUGUACACCCUCAGUGGGGAGUGCUGCAAGGCCUGCAACCUGGGAGAAGGGGUCGUGCAGCCCUGUGGAGCGAAUCAGACUGUCUGCGAGCCGUGCCUGGACAGUGUGACCUAUUCGGAUGUCGUCAGUGCCACAGAAGCCUGUAAGCCAUGCACACAGUGUGUGGGCCUCCAGAGCAUGUCGGCCCCUUGUGUGGAGUCAGAUGAUGCCGUGUGCCGCUGUGCUUAUGGCUACUACCAGGAUGAGGAGAGUGGCAAGUGCAAGGAGUGCAAGAUCUGUGAGGUGGGUUUUGGCCUGAUGUUCCCCUGUGGGGACAUGCAGGACACCAUCUGUGAGGAGUGCCCUGAGGGGACAUUUUCGGAUGAAGCCAAUCACGUGGACCCCUGCCUACCCUGCACCAUCUGCGAGGAGAAUGAGGUCCUGGUCAAGGAGUGUACGCCAGUGUCUGACGCUGAAUGCAGAGAUCUUCAUCCACGUUGGUCACCUCGGACCCCUACCCUGAUGGGGUCUGAGAGCCCUAUGUCUUUCACCAAGGACCCAUAUGAUACAGAAGGCAUCGUCAGCACACUAGCAGGUACCGUCACCACCAUCAUGGGCAGCUCCCAGCCAGUUGUGAGCCGUGGCACUGCUGAUAACCUCAUCCCUGUCUACUGCUCCAUCCUGGCGGCUGUGGUGGUGGGUCUGGUAGCCUACAUUGCUUUCAAAAGGUGGAACAGCUGCAAACAGAACAAACAGGCUGCCAAUAACCGGCCAGUGAAUCAGACACCUUCUCCAGAAGGAGAGAAGCUUCACAGUGACAGUGGGAUCUCUGUGGAUAGUCAAAGCCUUCAUGACCAGCAGCCACAGACCCAGACUACACAGGGGCAGGCUGUGAAGGGAGAUGGGAACCUGUACACUAGCCUGCCACCUAACAAGCAAGAGGAGGUGGAGAAGCUCCUGAACAGCUCCACAGAGGAUACCUGGCGUCACUUGGCUGGGGAGCUGGGCUACAAGGAGGAUCACAUAGACUCCUUCACUCAAGAGGAGUGCCCUGUCCGUGCCCUGCUUGCCGACUGGGCCAGCAAGGACAGUGCCACUGUGGAUGCCCUUUAUUCUGCCCUGCGCAAAAUCCAGAGGGGGGACAUUGUGGAAAGCUUGUACAGUGAGUCAACUGCCACAUCACCGGUGUGAAAGCCGGGGCAGGGAGGGAGAGGCGCUCCCAAUCGGCUCCUCUGUGACCCCUACAGAGAUAUCACCAGGAAAGAAGAUGUGAAGGAAACAGGGCUCCUUUGGGACCCUGCUAUUUACAAACAAUCCUGUAUGCACUGACCUAUUAUUUUCAGUAUUGAUCUCCCCUUUUUUCUUACUUCCCCUCCCCCAUCAGCCUCAUACAGUCCGCGGGAGGGAAGCAGCUGAGGGGAAAUGGGAACGGAUACCUGUUUCAGUUGUGUUGGCCCCAGGGGGACAGUGGAUUCAGAAAGUUCUGUACAUGUACAGCACCCUCUUGCGUGUCCCAACAACAUACCGAGUGGCCACAACUGUUCUUGUUUGCUAUCUCCCAGAUCUUUCCUCGCUUUCUGUUCCUGUCAUCUUGCCCUUUUUCCCUUGCCUUCAUUUUUGCAUCCCAACCUUCUCCCACUGACUCUGCAUCUCUUCUCCUCAUUUCCCAUCAUCUUCUGUCCCCACUUCUGUUUUCCCCAGAAUUGCACCUCUCAAGUUAAGGAAGAUGGACCUGGCUGAAGGCCAAGAGGACUGGGUGGGUGUUACAGCUAACACCUGGUUGAAGAGGUUGUUCAUGGGAAGUGAGAUGAGGAGUGGGGGAGCAAAAGGAUGCAACUUAGAAGGAGCUACCCAAGGAAGGACAUGGGGAGCAAAUGAUCCACUUCUAAAACCAGACAUCUGUUCCCCUGGGGCCAGUUAGGGGCAUGGAAGAGUAGGCCUUUUUUUUUUUUUUCUAGCAGUCCAGAGCUACACUGUGAAUCAUGAACCUUGUGGCAUGUCUAGAGGGCAGUGGGGAAGCAGGAGGCUGUUUUGUGGAGAGCAGUACUACAAGGGCAUACAUGAAACAUGUAUUUCUUAAGUUGAAAAGAGUUUGCCUUGGGUGUUGGCAGUCAGGCUGCCUGACACAUUUGGAAAUAAUCCCAUUCCAUACAGAAUAAUGUCAUGGUUUCCUGCUCAGGUUCCCAGUUUUCAAAAGCCAGCCAAUUAGUUUAGAUGGUGAUCCCCCAUGGCCAGACAGUACUUAUGUUGGAGGGGUAAUGCUCCACAUAUGAAAUAGUUGGGAAAUUGUUUGCACUGGGGAGAUUGCAAACCAGAGGGCAGAGAAUGGUCACCAUUCUUCACUCAGCAUGUGUACCUGUAAUCACUGUGCUGCCAAGAAAGAGGGCAGUUGCAUGGCCACUGACCCAGAAGCCAUCCCAGAGCUGUUACACCUUGCACUGUGUCCUUCCUGAUACUAGUGAACCAGCCACUGUGGGCUACAAAAUAAUCACAUUUGCUCCAUUAAAUGGAGACCUGAGGAGGGGAGAAGGUCCUCCAGGUGGCCUUAUUGACUAGAUGAACCAGGCUACAAAUGCAUUGGGUAACUCACUGGGAAUCACCAGCAACUCAGAUUAACCCUUGGGGGUUCAGGUGAACUAGCCAGCUUGGUGUUGCCCAAGUCUAUAACAGCCUGUGCUACUGGACUCAGGGUUUCUUCCUAGUCUCCUUAAUGACAGUGUUAGUGAUGGUUUCUGUUUGGUUCUAUGCAGGUCCUUAGACCACACCCAUCACCAGUACCGGAGCUGGUGAGAAUGAGUAGUAGACCUGGUUCAGAAAAGCUUUCAGAUGCUCAGGUGUCUUUUUCUGAAUUACCUGAUGCUCUUGGUAUUGGAAAUAUCCCAAGAACAGAUUCCUUUGUUUAUUUUGGGACUUCCAGGGCAACCUCAGGAAGCAGCAGAUGCAGCAACAUUUUUAAUGGAAGGGAGAAGGGAAAAAAAUUGAUAGAGCUUUUUCCAGACUUUGAAAUAGGCUUGAGUAAAAGCUGGUGGUAGGGUUGAGAGGGAGCCUUUCUUACUUUUCCAAGCCCAUUAGGCCAGACUCUCAGUUAGAAAUUCCUUUCUUGAAGAAGAAAUUACAAACUACAAAAUAAUCCAGGAAUCAGCUGUUAUUUCCCACCUGUUGAAGGAAGCUACCAGUUUCUGGCUCUUGAAAUGCACUCCUAAGAGACAAAUUGAUAUGCAGCCCAGGGCAGGUGGCAUCAAAUGGUAUUCAUACUGUUUCAGCAGAUGAUCUACCUCCUGCCUUCAUUGAGUUGCUAGCUUGGCAGAUAGGAGGGGGGGAAGUGACUUCAAGUGAACUGUCCUGAUAAAUACAGGAUGGUACUGAACAUACCUCACUCUACGUAUCUUGGGAUCUGCAUGUGCUGGUUUUUGAACUGCAGCGCUCCAGACAUUUGCAGGGUACAUCAUCAUGACCAUCCUUAAGAGUUUCAGGAAAUACCACUGACAAUGACUCAAGAAGUGAUGAGGAAGAAUUCAUAAGUCACCAACUGACUGGAGAGAGAAGGACACAGAAUGUGAACACGGCUGUGAAACAUGGCUCUUUCACCAAUCGAGGGGGUGGAAAUUGGAAUCAUAGGAAAAUGGGGCUGGAACGGACCUUGAAGGUCAUUUAGCCCAACUGCUGCUCAAGGCAGGAUCAUUCCUACCCAACUCGUUCCAGACAAGUGUUUGUCUAACCUGCACCUAAAAGCUUGAUCAAGAUUCUACAGCCAUUCUGGUGUUUAACCAAAUGCAUAAACUUAAAAUCAAUCCUGAAAGGGUUAGAAGCCUGAAACUUGGCUGGGUGUUCAUUCGUUGUUGGUCUGGUCCUUUUGAGUAACCAGGACUAGCUGGCAAAAAGGUUUGGUGACCUGCAAGAUGACUUCAUAGCAGUGUGGUCUUCACUGAAGGCAGUGUUUGGAUUCCCCUCCCUGCACCUCUUAUCCACACUGAGUGGUAACUUUCAAGGAACCCCACCAAAGACUGAGUGAACAAGGUGCAAUACAGUGUAAAUAAGAAUCUGGCCCUGAGUGUCCCUUGUUCUCCAGAUGUAAUUUAUUGGAGUAAUCUGGAACACCCCUAUCACCGUAGAUCCAAACAUCUAUUUCUGGUGCUAGUGAAGAACUUAUUCUUCUCCAAUCUGGCAUCUUCCUUCAGGCUUCAAGCCAACAAGUCCAUGCUCAACAUCUGUAGAGUUGCUAGCACAUAAAGGGGCCUGAUUUUUGGAAUCCUCAGAUGGUGUCGAUCUUGAAGGGGAUGGGAAUGCUGUCAGAGGACUGCCAAUUCAGGUCUUGCAGUGGUAGGGUCCAUGGUGAAGUCCAUGAUUCCACAGAGGACUUGAACUCUGUGGAUUAAAUCUACCCCUAUGCCAAUUCCUGUGACCUCCAUAGAUUACAAACGAUAGAAAUUUCCAGAGGAAAGUCUGAGAACCUGUGAGGUGUGUAAUUUGAGCUACAUAAGUGAUGGUAAAUGAAGAAUGACAGGCUGUUGAAUGAUCCUGCAACUACAGACCUACUAUUUGCUUCCCAUCUCAGCCAGAAACCCUCUCAUUAAAUGAGGAAGAAGAUGCUCCCCACCCACAUGAAACAACGAAGAAUUGUAAAUAAUACUGUGUCAAUUUACUAACUGCUAAAUGUUUCUACGUGUGAAAUGAAUUAUAGUGCUAAAGAGCAGAUGGCCUUGGGAUUGCUAUCAGGGCUUCUGCUCAUAACACAGCCUUAGCAUGUGGUCUAUCUGUUACCCGUUCUUCCACAAGGAUUCUAUAGUAAUAUAAGUGGCACCAGUUGGUCCCCAUGAACUGAAGGGCCUCUUGGUGUCUCUCUGACAGAUACUGUUAUGUCAAAGUUUGGUUUGUUCACAUCUCUGCCUUGCAGGUUGAAUUUUAUUUUAUGGAGUGUCUGUUUGUUACAUCUUUGUUUCUGGCUGUUAUGGAUGAAAGAGACAAUAAAGGGAAAUCUGAUAUAUGUACACUUUUUGUAAAAAAACCCAAAAAACAAAAAAAAAACAAACCCCAGCAGUGCUGAAAGUCCAUAUGACCCUGAUGAGAUCAUCAGGCCUUUACAAGGGAGUAGUUGGAAUCAGCAAAGGUUCCCAAGGAUGUUAAAAGCCCAGAUCUUAUUAAAAAAGAUGGUGGAAGUUGAGUGCCUAACUCCCCUAAGAACUUUUGAAAAUUUCACCCAUGGCAGUUUAAAAAAUAAUGCCAGCUGAAAGCUGGGCUUCCAGUGUGGGACUUUGAACCAGGGCGAACACCCAGAUCCCCAAAGAUAUUUAAAUAGCUAAAGCCUAUUUGGCUUUUAAUGGGAAUUUGGCCCUAAAUUCCAUGUGUGGAUCUGGGCCUAUGUAAGGAGCAUAAGCUGUGGAACAAUCAUGGGGUUGAAAGGGACCUCAAUGAUUAUCUAGUCUAUUCCCUGCAGUAUUACAGAAUGCCUUCCCAGAUAACUGCCCAUCCAGCCUUUUCCUGAAAACCUCCAGAUUCCACAGCUUCCCUGGACAUCACUAUUCAAUCCCAUCAGUUUGCUGUAGAGAUUAUAAUUCCAAGUCAUUUCAGUGCUUUCAAGAAGUCCUACUCCCAAAACCAUAUUUAAGCAAACAGUGAAAUAGCCUGAUAAUGCUUUUCCCUCAGCCCCUCAGAGAAUCAGGUGAUUUACCCAGGUGCUUAAAUAUUGGUUUUGGAACCAAACUUUGAGGUCUCCAUUUUUUAAAACUUUUGCUUGUUCAGUUGUGUCAUAAAUUUCAGAAAAUGUAUUAAUGUAGUAGAAAUGUCCUCACUGACUUAACAUCCCAACCCUGCCCUGCCAAGAAAAAGAAAGAAACAUACAGUGGAAGCAGGAAAAAAUUGGACUAAAACAUUCUCCCAUCAGUGCUGGAAAUGUAAAGACAAUAUCCAAGGUUUUCUGAGCUGAUUACUGGUUUGGGCACUAUCUUUAGGGUACAGACAGAAGUGACAAUUUUCACUUGAUCUGGCAGCCUUUAACCACGACCAAACACAAGUGCACGGCUGCAGAUAGCUUAAAAAUGGCUGAUCAAGUGAAAAUCUGAACCCUCAUUGCAUGAGGGGUCAGAUGAAAACGUUUCAAAACAUAGUGCCUUCUGUAACUUCUGUCUGUGCUGCCUCCCAGCCUUGAGCUGUUUUCAGAAUGGGAAGGGGGAAAGGGAGUGGAGGGAAUUCAGUCUGAGGUUUGUUCAGCCCCUGCUAGAGGGUGGGGCAGGCAUAUUGGAGGCCCCCUGAGGUGCGGGGAGGGCUCCAAUACACCCACCCCACCCUCCAGCACUGGAUGGGGAACCCCUAGAAUGAGCUCCCUUUCCCCUCCUCCCAUUCUGAAACAGGCUGGGAGACAGGAGGGGCUAUUGCUAAGGGAAACCCACUGCAGGCUCCCAGCUAGCAGCUAGAUUCUCCGCCCCCCUGGGACCAACAGGGAACUUGUGUCUGGUCGGGGGGGAUCAUUGUAGCUCAGAAUGCUUCCUGCAAAGUGUUCUCAGUUACAGUGGGGAGCUACACUUCUGUCUGCACCCUAAAGUGCCUGAUUUCCAGAGGUGGUAAUGCAGCAUUUCUGAAAAUCUGGCCCCUGUAAUAUGCUUCCUUCCUCCUCCCUAAAUCCUAAACCAUAAUAGGAAGAUAUUCUGGACAACAGUACUGCACCCAAGACGUAAGAUUCCAAAAUUGAAAUUUACCAGUCUAGGUUCAAACUACAGACAGUGCAAAAAAUAAAUAAAUAAAUAAAAAUUAAAUUAAAAAAAUCAGACACCAGAAACAAUGAAUCCAAAAAUAUUUGAAACAGAAAGUAUUUACUUUAAUAGUCUCUAAUGUUGUUUGUAAGGCAAGCAAAGAAUUUUUUUUUCCUAAUUUUAAUGUUGACAAUAUUACUCAUGUUUGUAGAGCAGCAGAUUCUGGGAGGUUGUAUUCUUCUCUGAACUCUGCAAUACCGUCCCAUCACAAAGUUAACAGCUUUCCUUCCGAGUUGCCUUAUAUUGGAGACUGGUUGUCAUAGUUUCAACUUACGUAUAUUUUAAUAUAGACAAGAUGCCUACAGAAAACUCUUAAAAAAAAAAUUUAGACGCAACUCUGUUUUGGAAUGCUGAUCAAAAUUUUGUGUUCCCCAGUUUUUUUCCCCACUGGGAAAUAGGGUUUUUUCAAUCACACAUUAAAUUUUUCACAAGGAAAUAUCAUUUUGGGGGUUUGUCUAUUUUUAAAAUGGAAAAUUUCAGAACAAAAUUGUCCAUUGGUUUCACUGUGGAAUGCCGUGUUAAGUUGUUUUCAUUUUGCUUUGUUUUUUGGAAAUCAAACCUAACUCAGAAACAGACAUUUAAAUUAAAAUUGGAGAGAAAUAUACAUUUGCUUUAUUGCUUUGUUUGACAUUUCCAGGGGGAUCCAAAUCUUUGAACAAAACUUGAUUCACAGGUUUUCAACCGGCUCUAGAUAGCAAUGUGCUGUCUCCAUCUUUUAUAUUUAAUCACCAAGGAAAUUUGCAUGAAAACAGGAAUUAGUAUUUUUGGCUGGGCUUUUCAAAGUACAUGCUGAAAGUCUGUCUCCAUUGCUGCAAUAUUUGACCAGCUCCUGGUUCUUCAAUGCAUCUGGCCUACAGCAUCUCUAAGACAGGAAUAUGCUAUUUUCUUCAGGUUAAGGAUGAGACAUAGAAUAUCAGAGUCAUUCAGAUGCAUUUCUGGCAUUAACUUUGAAGAUCUGAGCCUAGAUGAGUUGUCCCAGGUUAGACAGGCAGUUUCUGAAAGAGGAGACUCAUUGAAUUCAGAUCUUCCCGGUUCCAGUUAGACCUGUUAACUACUGAAUCUUUCCUCUACUCUUGCUCCCAGUCACAUCCCUCAAACUCUCCCUUGUUCUCUCUGAAGCAUUAUGUAUAUAUUCUGCCUUCAAUCUGCACCACAAAGCAGUAUUUGCAUAUUUGAACCAGGAUUCCUAAAAGCAGAAAACAGAACAAACCAUUUCUAAUUAAAUGCAGAUCCUAAAAUGAUUAACCCUUUAAAUUCUUCAGAGCCACAUAUGAGGAGCAUUUUACGCCUCAGUUGAAGGGUUCUUUGCAGUCUCUUAUGAGCAGAGAUACUGUUUUUACUCUGAUGUUUUUAAAAAAGCCAACCAAUUUUGGUUAGAAAAAAGUCGCUCAAAAUCCACAUUUUUCCAUGAUUCAAAUGAAACACCACAAUGUGCAUAUCUAUAUAUUAGUGGUGUUUCAUUUAAAUCAUGGAAAAAUGUGGAUUUAGGGUUACCUUUUUUUAACCAAAAGUUGGGGAUUUUUUUUAAUUGGAGAAAACCAGGAUCCCUGCUUAUGAGCUGCAAUGAGAGCAGGACAGGAAGGGGCAGCUAAGCAGCCUGUCAGGAAGCAAGGGAAGGUGAGCAUGGCGAGUCUAAAUGCAGAAAAACUUGGGAGAGGAAUUGGAGAUUUAUAGGUGAAAAGGUUGCCUCACUGGAAACUAGGUUUCAGAAAGCCUCUUCUCCAAGGAGACAUGGAAGGGAGGGGAGAAGAUGGCUUCUGUGUGAAAGGGAAAGCACUGGUUUGGUAUCAAAUGAUAGCUUUGAUGGGUGUGGCAAGGCGGGAGUCUUGGCAGGGGUGAGCAGCAAGAACUACUAGUCUGAACAGGAGAGGCCUCUUCCAAAGCAACCUGUAAUUCAGUGCUUGCCAUAUCCCAGGUGGAUGCUAGGGAAGGGACUGUGUCCAAAAGCAUACAAUGGAGGUUUCAGGAGAAGGAGGGGACAGAGCCUCAGUUGCAGAUUCUUAGGAACCAAAAAUCCAGUGUUCGUGCAAAUCUCAUUUUGUCUUUCAAGACAAUGGGAAAAGAAGCAUCUCAAGUGCAAACCAUUUCUGAGACCACACACACACACACACCUCCUCUCUCCCACACCACCCCCAGCUGGAGAAUUUGACCUAAAUUCUGAUCUCAGUUGCCUUGCAUAAAUCCAAAACAAUCCCAGUUAGGCCUAAUGGAGCUAUUCUAAAUUUGCAACUUGGCUUUCACUGAGAUGACUCCAGGUUCAGACCUGUUCUACACGCACAUGUUUCCUGGGCUUAAUUCAAAAUCAUCUUAAAAGGCAAAAAGCCUCUGUGGAUGUUAUUAAAUUAGCAUCAGACUGGCUGGCUGUGGUUUGGUUUGCCUUGGCAAAAUAAAACCAGCAUAAAUUGAAUUUUAAUAGAAUUAACAAUGAACAAAGUGGGUUUUGCUCACUUCAGAUCAAGUUGAAAGUCACAUUCAACUCUGUGUAGACUUUACACAGCUAGAACUGAGAGCAAAAUCUUUUCCCUGAUCUCCAGAACAACACUGUCAUGGACUCAGGUUCCCACUGCCAUAGGUAUAAAAUCCCAUAACCAAAUUCCUGCCUAGAGACAAAAAAACCCAAGGGAAAAAUAAGCCAAAGUUAGUGCUCUUUGAGAUUUUUUUUGUGUCCUUUUUUAUAAUGUUUUUAUUGUACAAAGAAAGUGUGUUUCUCUUGUUAAUACCUAUUGUUGUACUGUCCCCGGAGUACCUCUGUAAUACAAAUGCCAAUUUAUUAGAAGUUCUUACACCAAAUAAAUAUUCAUGUAAUAGAAACA